CAAAUCGAAGCGAUAAGGCCGUGGCCAUCGAAGGCCAUUGCUAGCUACCUCAGGACCCGAAGCAGCAUCGACUGGUUUUCACCACCGCUGCCGUGCUGCUCAGUACGGUGCGUGCACUCCCAUGGCACCACCCGGCGGCAUCAAAACCUCCUCGCCAAACCUACCAACCCGGCAAAAACUCGGGAAUCCGACGAGACCACGCGCUCCCGCUGCCGCUGCACCCCGGCAAUCCCUGCGACCCCCGUCCAACAGACGCGGAGCCGUGGUGGUUACAUGCACCCGCGGAAGCGAACAGCAAUCUUCCCCCGCCGUCGCUUCCCAGGCUCGUCCCGGCACCGACGUGCUCAGCGUCGAGUUCAGGACGCGGGACGGCUGCCUGCUCGGCAUCUCCAGGUACCCGGACUUUGAGUACAACGCGCAGGGCGGCUGCGGCGUGGGCGCCGGGCGCAGCGCGGAGGGCGGGGAGGACGGCACGGUACUGGUCGACUUCGACGUGGCGUGCCUGUACAUCCCGCCCAUGUCCGGUGUGACGGCCAGGUUCCUCGGGCUGCCGCUGCCGCCGUUCCUCAAGAUCGACAUCUUGCCCGAGGCUCUGGGCGGAACCAUCGACCGAGGCACUGGUCAGGUUGAUCUCAAGUUCAGGUCGAGGUUCUGUUUCUCGGUCGGGAGCUUCUACAAAGCGCCGCCGUUGUUCGUCGACACAACACUAACCUCCGAGGAAUCCAAGGGAACCAUAAGGUCCGGGGUUGGAGAAAGAAUGGACGGUGAAGGCAGAUGCAAGCUGGUUGGGGUGGCCGUCGUCGAUCCGAUUGAUGACCUCUUCAUGAACACAUUUCUCAGUCUGCCGACCGAGUGCAUCGCUUACUUGAAUGCCACCAUCUCCAUCGCCGAACCUAGAUAAUCAUGUGGCAGUUGCCAAUCUAGAUUGCAGAUGUAUGCAUGAUUUUCUUUUCCCUCGUGUCUAAUACUAGCAGGAGUUCUGCAGAUCACAAAAGAAGUUUGGCACGUCGGACAGUCAUAGCAUUUGAACCCAUCAGGGUUAAAUAGACUCAUCACGAAGCUUUCGACACAUUCCCGAUGUAUAUAUAUACAUGCAUGAUGAAAUGCAUGAAACAUAUGAUAUUGCGUCGCCAAAAAAUGAUACUAUCAGAUUCAUAUAAUUAUUUUCGUA